GCUGCCGGGGACCCGGACGCAGAGUCUGCGGACCGUGCGCCGAGCGCUCAUCCAGUCGCCGAGCGCGCGCUCCCGCCGGCGCACCCCAGUCCGGCCCAGCCAUGGCCGCCCCCCGCCCGCCGCCGGUCAUCUCCGUCUCGGCUCCAGCUUUUUACGCGCCGCAGAAGAAGUUCGCCCCGGUGGUGGCCCCGAAGCCCAAAGUGAACCCUUUUCGGCCCGGGGACAGCGAGCCUUCCCCGGCCGGGGCACAGCGUGCACAGAUGGGCCGGGUGGGCGAGAUCCCCCCGCCACCCCCGGAAGACUUUCCCCUACCCCCACCUCCCCUCCUUGGGGAUGGCGACGAAUCUGCGGGUGCCCUGGGAGGGGCCUUCCCACCCCCACCUCCCCCGAUCGAAGAGCCUUUUCCUCCUGCGCCCCUGGAUGAGGACAUCUUCCCCUCCCCGCCACCUCCAGUGGCGGAGGAGGCGGGGUCCGAGGCCCCUGUCCCGCUCCCGCCGCAGCCUAGGGAGAAGGUGAGCAGCAUUGACCUUGAGAUUGACUCUCUGUCUUCACUGUUGGAUGACAUGACCAAGAAUGAUCCCUUCAAAGCGCGGGUGUCAUCUGGAUAUGUACCCCCACCAGUUGUCACUCCGUUUGUUCCCAAGUCCAAUACCAAGCCUGCAGCUGGGGGCACGGCACCCCUGCCUCCUUGGAAGAGCCCUCCGAGCGCACAGCCUCCAGCUCAGGCCCCGCCGCAGAGCCAGGCACUGUUUCACGUCCAGGCUAAGCCCCAGCCUGUGUCUUCUGCUCAUUUGCAGCCGCGAGGUCCCCCAGCUCCAGCCCCAGCCCCUAAGUUUCCUCCCCUGGCUCCCAAGUGGAGCGCUGGAGCCCCAGGUGGACCUGGGCCGCUGCCUAAUAAAAAACUGGGGGCUCCGGAAGCCCCGUCUUCCUCCAGUGUAGGCUCCCCUCAGCCUCCGAAUUUCACCUAUGCACAGCAGAGGGAGAAGCCCCAAGUGCAGGAAAAGCAGCAACCAGCGCCCAGGCCACCACCGCCACCUCAAAACCAGGUGCGCUCUCCUGGGGCCCCAGGACCCCUGACUUUGAAGGAGGUGGAGGAGCUGGAGCAGCUGACCCAGCAGCUGAUGCAGGACAUGGAACAGCCCCAGAGGCACUCCGUGUCCGUGCCUGUGGAUGAGACAUGUGGUCAAUGCCAGAAGCCACUGAUCCGGUCAGAGCCGGCUGUCCGAGCCAUGAGCAGGCUGUUCCAUCUGACCUGCUUCACCUGCCACAAGUGUAACAAGGAGCUUCAGGGGCAGCAGUUCUACAACGUGGACGCGUCACCAUACUGUGAGGGCUGCUACACCAACACCUUGGAGAAGUGUCACUCCUGUGGGAAUCCCAUCACCGAACACAUGCUGAGGGCCUCCGGCAAACUCUACCACCCGAAGUGCUUCACCUGUGUGGUCUGCGGCUGCCUCCUGGAGGGCACCUCCUUCAUCAUGGACCAGGCCAGCAAGCCUCACUGCGUCCCCGACUACCACAGGGCGUAUGCCCCAAAGUGCUCUGUCUGCUCAGAGCCCAUCAUGCCUGAGCCUGGCUGUGAAGAGACUGUGCGAGUGGUCGCUCUGGAGAAGAACUUCCACAUGAAGUGUUACAAGUGUGAGGACUGUCAGAAGGUUCUGUCCAUCCAGGCUGAUGACGAGGGCUGCUUCCCUCUGGAUGGUCAUGUGCUUUGUCGGACUUGCCACACUGCGAGAGUCCAGAGCUGAGUGAGGAGGACCAGGCCGCCUUUCCACUUGUGGGCCCAUUCCCUAUCACGGACCACACCCACACGGACAACAGUCCUUUCCUUCUGCCCACCCCCACCUAGCCCCUCCCUCCAUUCCAAACCCUUUGCCAGCAUCUUAAGUGCUCUGGACCCAGGGCCCCAGCAUGGCCCAGGUGGGGUGCUGAAGCCCGUCCUGGGGCUCCAGUCUUUGCUCAUCCCCUGUAGGGAUCUCCAGGACCCCACCCGAGGGGCACCACUUUAGUGCUGCCGCUUUCACCGCUGCACCGAUGACCCUGCCCGUCCUGAGCAGUCUCUGCACUCCGCUUGCUGAGGGCUGGGAGCUAAAACCUCGGCCCUCUGGGAGCCUGAACACCCCCCCCCCCCCGCCCCAUGCUGUCAGGUUGUGGCUAUAGCUCCAAAUGGAAAUAAAACCUUGUUUUGCAGAA